AUGGAUUCAGUAGAUAUUCUUUUGGUACCAUUUCCACGGGAAUACUCAUAUGGUUAUAAUUAUGAUUAUUUUUUAGAAAAUAUAGUUUCAAGAAUUGUUGCAAGAUAUGGGGCAUUUAGGAAGCUUAAAAUAUCUUCUUUUCUUGAUAUGAAAGAUGAUUUGGAUGACAAUGAUGAUUUAAAACAAAAACAGGAUUUUAACUUUUCAGAUAUAUUUGAUUUAAAAUGUGAUGUUCAACAAAUAAAAGAAAAACUUAUUAAUAUGAUUUCUAAUGCGCAAAAUGAAUGUUCUUUAGUUCUUGAUUUUGUUUCUUUGCUGGUUUCUUCAGUGAAACCUGUUUUAGGGAAUUCUAGUAUGUCUACAUUUUUAAAGGAGCGCAUCCCAGUAGGAUCAUUUGGAUGUGAAAGAGUUAGAGGAGAUAUUUUUUCUGAAGAUUUUGUUGUUUCUAAAGGAUGGAAAUUACAAGCUUUAUCUAAAGUUACUUCUGAUCUUUUAGAUGCAUCGGUUAAAAUUGAUAAAGAAAUUACUUUGGAAGCUAAGUUUUGGGAUCAGGUGAAUAUAUUAAGACAAAAUGGAUGGAAUCUUAUGCAUUCUCGUAUUGGUCGGGACAAAAAUUUUGUAAUUAAUUAUGGAAUUAUGGAUGUUUCUCGUAUUUUCGGAAGGGGAUUUGCUAUUUUAAAAAGAAGUAUAGAUGGUGAUAUUAAAUUUGAUGGUGUAGAUAUGUUUGAAACUUUUAAAAUUACACGACUUCGAUUUCUUGAAAAUAAUGUUAUAAAAGGUGAAGCAGUUUGGGAUAACUCUUCAUUUUCAGAAUUUUUUGAUAAAAAUACCCAAAUUCUGUCUCAAAGAAGAGAUAGUUUUUUUGAAGAAGAAUUAUUAGAAGAGAUUAUAAGAGAGAUUAACUUUUUUGAUGAUUUAAAUGCUGUGAUACUGGAUAAUGGAAUAUCUGUUGAGAUUAUGGAGUCAAAACGACUAUUAUUACUUGAUAUUGUUGACGCUUCAACAAAAGCUAACGAAUUUAACAAAGAAUAUGAUGUUUUAUGUGAAAUUGUACUUUUGGCAUUGCAUUUGUUUUUCUCAUAUUAUGAAUGUCAAAAACUAAAAUGGACAGAUAACUUUCCUUUUUUGUCAAAAAUACAAAACAAAAAACAAACACGAAUUCUUUUUCCUAUCGUAUCUCAAUUAUCACAUUAUUUUAUAUUGGAUGAAGUUUCUAAAGAAUUGAAGAGCUGUAUUAAUGUAAUUCUUGCAGAAGGUUGGACUGUAGAUUAUAAAAUUAAAAAAUAUGUUGAUAUGGAUUUUGGUAUUUCUGAAGAUUCAAUCAUUCAAUCUAUUGUUAAUGGCCCUCGAAGUGUAAUUGAAAUGUAUCUUCCAGGAUCUUCUCAAAUAGUGAUUGAUAUACGCACAGUUGACUAUAAAACAUCUUUUGAAGUUGAUUUUCAUAAUAUUAGAAUAAAUGGGCUUAUGACAAGUAAGACUGUUUGUGGUAGUAUUCUUGAAGUAUUGGAAUGUAUCAUUUGGUCUAUUAACAAGGAUUUUGUUAACGUUUUACAAGAAGCCGUUACUCCAAAUUGGGAAAUCAAAAAUGGUGAAUUAGUUAAUAUAAAUAAUACUAUGAAGAUUAAAAUAGAAGUUUUUAUACAGAGAAAUGAAGAUGGUAUAUGGAAAAUAUUUUUAUAUAAAAAUGGAACAUUCGUAAAUAUACAAGAUAAAAUUAGUGAUGUUUUAAAUAAAAUAUUAUAG